CUUCCGGCGGCCAUGAUGGCGGCGGCGUCCCCGCGGCUUCGGCCGCUGCUCCGCGCUUUGCGGGCCCAGGAGCUCAGGGCGCCGCUGUGGGCCCGCUGCCACAAUGGGAGGCGCGGCCUGGGCACGCAGGCAACCGCUGUGCCCCCAACGUCACCCACGGAGCAGCAGAGCCCACUUAUGGGGCAGGAAAGCCCACUUAUGGGGCAGGAAGCCCCACUCGUGGGGCAGCAGAGCCCGCUUAUGGGGCAGAACCCGCUUGUGGGGCAGGAAGGCCUCCAUUUGGAGCCCCAGCUGGCACUUAUGGGGCGGCAGGACCCCGUUGCGGCCCCCCCGAGCCCACUUGUGGGGCAGCCCCACGGAUGUGUGGGGCCGGAGGAGGUCCGCUUGGAGGAUUUGGGGUUGGGGGCGAUGAGCCCCGUGGGGUUGGUGCAGAACCUCCUGCAGUUCCUCCACCUCGAUGUGGGGCUGCCGUGGUGGGGGGCCAUCGCUGCCGGCACAGUGUGUGUCCGCGUGGCGCUGCUGCCGCUGCUGCUGAAGGCGCAACGUGAGGCCGCGCGCACCGCCCCACAUCUGCCCCACAUCCAACGGCUCGCACAGCGCCUGCAGGACGCGCGCAGGGGGGCGGAGCCGCAGAAAGACCCCCAUCUUCGUGUCGUUCUUUAUGGCGCUGCAACAAAUGGCGGCCGCUCCGCUGCCGGGGCUCAAAGGGGGCGGAGCCGCGUGGAUCAGCGACCUCAGCUGCCCCGACCCCACCUACGCGCUGCCGCUGCUCACCAGCGCCACCAUGUGGAUGGUCCUGGAGGCGGGGGCGGAGUCGGGCGUCAGCAGCCCCCACGCCGGGGCGGUGCGGGCGGUGCUGCGGGUGCUGCCCCUCCUCUUCCUGCCCAUGACCGUGCACUUCCCGGCGGCCAUCUUCGUCUAUUGGCUGACGUCCAACACGUUCAGCCUAUUGCAGACGCUGCUGCUGCGGAUCCCCGCCAUCCGCUCCGCCCUCCGCAUCCCGGCUCCGCCCCCAAUUCCCCCCCCGGACCCCACGGGGUCCGCCCCGAAAGAGGGGAUCCUGCAACGGAUGAGGAAAAGUCUGGCCGAGGCCCGGGCGUCGCAGAGCGCCGAGAGACGCGAAUGGCAGCGCCGGAACCACCUAACAAUGGCGGCCAAGGGGCCGCUCCGGCAGACGUUCGCGCAGAACCCGUUGGCUCCUCCCGCCGCUCCCGCUCCGCCACCCGCACCGAAACGACCCUGGAAGGAAACUUUGGGUUGAGAAAGGAGACAAUAAAACAAAGACCAUCGCGGUUCGAAUACCGUUUGCUUUUUUUUUUCCGUUAACUCGGACGCUUCCGCUCCGCUCGGGGCAAAAUGGCGGCGUCUAGGCAGGCACUUCCGGUUGGGGUGUGUCAAAAUGGCGGCCGUCACUCCAGGCACUUCCGGUUCGGUUUUCAAAAGCGUUGCCGUCGUAGUUUGGCUUCCGGUCACUCCGCCGCGUCUUCCGGUCACUCAUUUCAUCGUAGCGGUUAACGGGUGGGGUUGGGGUUAAGAUGGCGGCCCCCGCUUUAGUGGUUAAGGUGACGGAGGACACCGCGUCGCAGCCGCCAUCUUGGAUAACGCCACUUCCGCCUUGCAUAGGAAGUACCUCACUCUGAUUGGCUACUGCUCUCGAACUUCUGAAAAAGGGGGCGGGUCCAGCGGUGCGCAUGCGCCGCCCCGCCCCUUCUCUCGUUUCAUUGGCUGCGGGGAGCGGAAAAGGCGUGGCCUCCGGGAAAGAGCGCGGAUUGCGCUGUUUUGAGCCGACUUUGGGGUAAAAGAAAAGCAAAGGGGGAAUUUGGGGGGUCAGAAGCGCCAAAUCGGGACCGGAAGUGGCGGCAUGGAGCCGGAAGCGGAGC